ACCAUUUUGCAAAAACAAAAAAUUUCAAACUACACCCCAAAUCAAACCAAAACCAUCACAUUUCUCAGAAGUACUUAUUACAGAGCGAUUAACAGUAACCGCGCCGGCGCCGGGAAAGCCUCCUAUGGAUCCUUAUGAAGAACAGAGACUCAGAGACGAGGUCAUCUACCUCCACUCUCUUUGGCACCAAGGUCCUCCUUUUACUAAACCCAUUUCUGGACCCAAAAGAAAGCUUCCACAACAACCUCCGAAUCCCCCAAACAAACUCUUAAAGCCCAACCCACCUUCAAAUUCGGAUGCCCAUUUGCCCAAAACCAACUCCGGUGCCGGAAUCUCGACCCGGUCGGACACGGCAGAGGAUAAAGGUACGGACUUUACCCUGAAACUUCAGCACAAUGCGGCCAAUGCUUUCAAGGAAUUCUUGGACAAGUCUGGCGAUAAUGAUUCUAAGGAAGAAGAAGAAGACUAUUGGGUUGGAAAUGGAGACGAAAAGUAUCAAUUUUUUUUGAGGGUUUUGUUGGAAGAUCGUGAAUUGAGAAAAUAUUACCAAGAAAAUUGUGAGAAGGGUGAGUUUUGUUGCUUGGUUUGUUAUGGGUUAGGGAAGAAGAAUUGUGGGAGGAAGUUUAAGACCUGUUUAGGGUUUGUUCAGCAUUUGAUUGCUGUUUCGAAAAAUGAGAGUUGUGAUUCCCAUAGAGCUUUGGCUAUGGCUAUUUGCAGGGUUUUGGGAUGGGAUUUUGAUAAGCUUCCGGUUGUUGUAUUGAAAGGAGAACCACUUGGCAAAGAUGUAAUCAACAAUGGAGAAAUUCAGGUAUCUACUUCCAAAUGGCCAUGUGAAAAGCCUGUCGAUAAUUCUUCUUCAUCAGCGCUGGAAUGGCGUCCUUUUGAGUCUUCUUUAGCUUCUACAAAGUCGGUUUCUGCAGCAAACUCGGUUUCAGCUGAAGACCAGGCAAGAUUAACUGUAUUUCGGUCACAACAUGUUGCUAUAAAAGCCUGCCAAAAUUAUUUCGAAAGAAAAUCUAAUUCAGACUGCAGUGAAGAUGAGGAUGAAAGUGAGGACGAAGAUUCAACCGAGGUUGAGGAACAAGAUGCAUCCAAGGAGUCUAAAUUGUUCACUUUCUUUUUGAAUUUAUUUAAGGAGGAGGAUGGAAAGUUGAGAGAUUUUUACAUCAAGAACUGGGAAGCCGGGGAGUUUUUUUGUAUAGUUUGUGGUGGAAUAGGGAAGAAGGUAGGGAAGAGGUAUAAGGAUUGUGUUGCACUUGUGCAACACUCGACCGCUAUAUCAAAGACAAAGAAAAAGCUUGCUCAUAGGGCUUAUGGCCGAGUUGUUUGUCAGAUACUCGGUUGGGAUAUUAAUCGGCUACCAUCGAUUGUGUCAAAAGGUGAUGAAGCUCUUGGUCAACCCUCUCGAAAUCCCGACGAUAUGGAACAGGGUAAACUCGAGGAAGAUUUCGAUCCUCAUAAUGAGGUAAUAGUUUUGGACAAGGAUUUUGACAAUAUGCAAGGUGAACUCGAGGAAGAUUUCGAUCCUAAUAAUGAGGUAAUAGUUUCGGAAAAGGAUUCAAGUGUUAAUCAGAACAAAACAAAAACUAAAGGGGAUGAGUAAAUUUCUAUAAUUGAAAUAGAAAUUACAUUGAAAUAGGCUAAUAAUUGUAAUGUAAUCAUAGGCAAAACAAUGGAAUUAUCCAACACUAGAUUGGUGGUUUAUUUGAUCUUUUUGUAUACUUCUCA